AAACCGACUAUAAAUAUGGAAGCGUCUUACCAUAGAGACAAAGGACUCUGCUUCCUGUCUCGCAACUGCGUCCAUCUGUCUGACCGCCUCCAUCAGCUCACUGAAAUGACUCGUGAAGUUCUCGGCGUUGUCGUCGUGCUGGCGGUCAUCUCCUUGGUUGCUGCUCAGUGGCAAGUGAGGCCCAUCGUGUCCGCAGCAGGCAACGGCCCUCGCGACUUCGGUGCCAACGUCGACGUUCGUGCUGAGGGUGUGAUCCACAAGUUCCCUGGUGGCGGCAAGAUUAUCGCCAGCGCCGAGGCUUCCAAGAGCUUCGGUCGUGCCGGUGGUCAUGGCUGGAAUGGGCCUCCACAGGGACAGGUCGGCAUCCGCGCCGAGCUGCCCAUUGGAAGGAAGUAGACACUCAAGACCGGCGUAGAUUUAUGGCCAAAACCAAUAAAUAAGGAGAUGCCU